ACCGACGAGAAUGGCGCCAUCUAGAGGAAAAGAUGAAUUCUUUUUGACCGAAGAGUGGACAGGGGAGCUAAUACCCCGCUCUCUCGUGCUUCUCGUAGCGGAUUACGAGAGAUCGUCCGAAUGCUGUGGAGACAGAAGUAUCAUUUUACAAACGUAUCCUGAAGCAUAAAAUGCUUCGUCAGAAGAAUAAUUUUUAAAGAAUUUUUCAUAAAAAGGAUUUCGAGAGGAAACGAAAUCGUUCGAUCGUGAUGCGCGUCGCGGUCUCGCCGAGUCCUCGGAAAAAGUUGCCUCGUAUCGAGAGCUUUUCGAAGGAGAUACCUUGAUCAAAAGCUUACACUUCGAUCUGCUACUCUUCAUCAAGAAACGAAUUGAUUUUCGUCGAAAAUAUUCUUCAUUGAUAAUGGCCAUCGUCGAAGAAUUCGAUUAUCUUUGCCGUUUAUGCGCGACCAAGACAGGCAUUCUCAUGGGAUUACCGAUCUUUGAGGCUGGCGAUCAGAUGCGUAACAUCGACAAAAAAAUCGCAGCGUGCCUUCCCGUCCAAGUGUCAAUGACAGAUCAGCUUCCUAAAGUGGUAUGCGAAGAAUGUGCAUACAAAUUAGAUCAAUUAUUUGAUUUUCGUGAAAAAUGUUUACAUACCGAAGGUAUGUUUAUGGAAAUGUUAAAGGAAAUUAGCAAGGAUGAAACGGUACAUAUAUCAGAGCAUGGUUUAGAAGAGGUAGAUGAAAUCAGUAUGAAUAGGAUCCAAAGGAAUAUAGAUAGAAUACAAAAUGAUAUUGAAGAUGUCCAAAAUCGUACUAGUGUAGUUUCUCAUGAAUCAGGAGAAACAACUAUACAUACUAUGCAAGUUAUGGAUGAAAUGGAUUUAGCUGGUGAUGAACAAGUUGUUAGUCAAGAAGACAUUGGUCAGCAAGAUCAUGAUAUGGAGGUUACAGACAUUGACUGUUUAGAUGGUGAAACAGUCAGAAUGGUUGAUGAACAUAUAAGAGAAGUUUCAAAUCAUCAGAUAGCAAUGCACUUGGAAGGGGAUAUGACUGUAGUAGGGAAUUUAACUGUAAGUGGGCAUUUGAGUCAAUUGGGAAUAAAUUAUGUGACUUCUAUAAAUCCAGAAACUGAAACUAGAGAACAGAUAGUACAUUACUGUGAAAAUGUAAAAUAUGAAUCAGUGCCUAUAAAGCAAGAAUAUCAAAGCUUACAAGAGAGAUUAAAUUCUGAAGAUCCUACUCAUGUACUAGAAAACAAUGUACCCACUGAUGGGUUUCAUUCCUCUCAGCCGGAAACAGAAAGUGAAAUAGAGGAAGCAACUGUUAGUGAAAAUGAAGUUCGUAGAAAUAUGGAUUCAAAUAUAUUACCUUCCACUAGCCAAUCUAAUACAGAAAAUACAGAAGUCAUUGUUGAAUAUACUAAAGGAACUAAACAUACUUUAUUAGAAUCUAUAUUAAAUAAUCCAACCGUCGAUGAGACUGGUACUCAUUGGUAUGUGUGUCCUUUUUGUAAUGAAGCUGCAAUGGAAACAAAUAAUUUAGCAGCACAUUUUGAACAACACUUUUGUUCAUGUUCUUGUGGUUUAUAUUUCACAAGUGUAGAAGUAUUAAAUAUUCACAAACAACAAUGUAAUUCAUAUAAAAUAAAGGUAGAUAAUAAGGACAUCAAGGUAAUAGAGUCAGAAUUAGUUCCAUCGCAAAGCAAUGAUAAUGUCGAUAUACAAAAAAAACAAUCUACUGUCAGGCAAAAGUGGACACCAAAAAUUUGUACUCAGUGUGGUAAACAGUACAGAACCAAUUAUAAAUUACAAGAACAUAUGCGCAAACACACAGGAGAAAAACCUUUUCAAUGUUUGACUUGUGAAAAAGCAUUUCGUAGCAAGAUAGGUCUUGCACAACAUACGGCAACUCAUACUGGUCAGUUUGAUUAUAAUUGUUCAACCUGUGGCAAAGGAUUCCAGUGUAAAAGCUAUCUGAUUGUCCAUCAGAGAGUUCAUUCGGACUUAAAACCUUAUCCAUGCAGUACUUGUGGACAAAACUUUAAAACUAAGCAAUCCUUAUUGGAUCAUCAAAAUAGGCAUCUGGGUGUUAAGCCUUAUAUGUGUGAAAUUUGUGGUAGAGGUUUUAUAACUAAAGGUCUUUGUAAGAGUCAUCAGAAAAUACAUUCGGGUAUGGAUAAUCGACAAUACCCAUGCGUAGUGUGUAAUAAAAUGUUUGUCAGCAAGAGUUAUCUUAAUACACAUUUACGCAUACAUACUGGUGAAAAACCCUAUUUAUGUGAAGUAUGUGGUAAAGGAUUUUUAACGCGCGUUGAUCUUAAAAUUCAUUCCACCAUGCAUACUGGUGAGAAGAGCUUUAAGUGUGAAAUGUGUGGAAAAGUUUUCGCUAGAAGGGCAGCUUUACGAUGUCAUAGAAGAUCGCAUACAGGAGAAAGACCAUAUAGAUGUGACGUUUGCGGAAAAACAUUUACUCAAUUUAGUCCAAUGGCUAUUCAUAAACGUUUACACACUGGUGAAAGACCAUAUGAAUGCGAUGUGUGUGGCAAAGCAUUCGUAUCGCGAUCAACUAUGAUGUGCCACAGAAAGAAACACCAUAUUCCUGUAACGCCUACACAAAAAAAUGUUUUAGUUUCUAAUGAGGAUGUAGAAGUGAAACAUAUUAUAUCAACAGAAAUAGUGCUUAGAGAAUCACAUGAAGGAAUUCAUAUUACUGCUGAUUGAAAAAAAGAAACUGAAAAAAAAUCUAAAAUAUAAAUUGAAAUUAACAAAAAUAGGAAAAGGUAGGAAAUAACAAAUUUCAUUUGUAUUUAUCAUAUAAAGAUAUUUGACCUGCAUUUAUUAUUUGCUCUAUUGUUGUAGGCACCAUGCUAUGUCUUGGGACAUGUAACAUAUUGUAAAAGUUUAUGCAAGAAAAAUAUUUUUUCAAGGAUAUUAUUUUAUAAAAAUUCAUAUGCUUGCUUAAAUUCAAGGAAUGCAGGUUCAAUCAUAUCUUUCAUUCAUAUAUAUUGCAGAAUUGAUAUUAAAAUAAAAUCUUAGAUAUUUAAUGUCUAUGAAGUCAACUACCUUCAAUUUGGUCCUAUUAAAAGAGAAAACAUGAGUAAGUUUCUUAAAUAGACGAUCGCAGUAAAUAUUUCAAUGUGUCUAUAAGUCCUGUCCUUUUCCACAUACAAAACACAUACUUUCUGAAAGUGCUUUAAAAUAAAGAGGAUUAUUACUGUUUUGAUAUAUUUUACACCUUUCAAUAAAAUAAAAUAACAUAAAUAAAUCAAAGAAAACUUACAUAGAUUGUAUUUUUUUCUUCAUAAAAUUAAAAAAAAUUAUUUGCCAAUUUUUUAAAAUUCUGCUAGGUCACAUGACAUAAGUAUAAUAAUUUAUUAUAUAUAAUCUGCCAUUUUACAUUUUAUAUAUUUGAAAUAUAUUUAAACGAAUGAAACAUAUACAAAAUGUAUUUAUUUUGAAGUCAAUCAUGAUGUAUUGUACAAAAUGAACUAUGUUUAUUAUUUUAAUAUGUCUACAAAAUAAAUCUUCAAUUUUGUAUUUUAUAUAUAUAAGAUUUAUUUUCAUGUUUUUUAUUGUUAUAAAAUCAUAUCAUCUUAUUUUACAAAAUAGAAUAAUAUUCUUGUAUUUACAAAAAUAAAGCAUAAAAUAAUAAUAUUUAGCUGAAAUGUAUAGAUCUUUUCUUUGAUUAUAUAGAAAAAAAACUCUCAAAAGGUAAUUGUGUUUUGUGUGUAACAUAAAUUUUUACAUAAAAAUAAAAUUAAUUUUAAGAACAUCAAGAAUACAUAUUUUUUUAUUUUAUAGAUAACUUAUUUGUGCUUUUUUGUUUUACUUAUCUUAUAAUUUCUCAUUCCUAUUGCAAUGGCUUUCAGCACUAUACAAAGUAGCAAUUGUGAUAUAUACUUAAUAAAAUAAUUGAUUAUAUUUGUAAAAUUAUUAUGAUUGUAUUGUUAUCAUUAAGGAAGUCCUUUGGCUGCAAAUAUAUGAACUUCACACUUU